AUGAAGCUGGAGGUCGAGGUCGACCGCGAGCGGGCUACCCUUCUUCUCGUGAUCAAUACCCAUCUCAUCAAAAAGGCUCUCUCGGUGUAUAAUGGCGUAUUUCUCAACCAGAAGGCGUUGAGCCAAAUGCAAACCCACGAACGGCAACAACUAAUGGACCUGUACCAACACUACACCCGCCGAAUCCACUGCAAUUUGGGGGUGUUGCUGUAUAUCCAUGAGAAAUACCAGGGUGACCCCACCAACUCCAAGAUGAAGUUCCCUAUUAUUCUCAAUGCCCCGCCGGAUAUGGCGGAAUUGUCGCCGUUGUAUAAUAAAUUGCAAGAACUAUACCCCGAGGCUGUCCAAUACCUUAAAAUGAAGAUAAACCAGAUGAAACAACAACAGCAGCAGCAGCAACAACAACAGCAACAGCCGCAACACCUCCAACAACAACAACAUCAACAACAUCUCCAACAACAGCAACUUCAACAGCAACAACUCCAACAGCAACAGCACCAUCAGCAGCCACCACAAAAACCGCCUUCGAUGCUUGGAGGAAACCAAGGGGUGCCUGGCUCGGGGUUUUCGGGCGGGCCUGCCAACUACGCCAACGUGCCGUCGCUGAUGAUGGGGGGACAGCUAGACUUUAUGUAA